AAGCUGAUAUUAGCACCUGAUUAGCUUACAGCCAUGUCAGAUGACGAGCAGACCCAGCAAUGCGAGGAAACCUACUGCAAGAAACGCACAGUGAGAAGUGAAGCUCAGCUGGAUGAGAUCGCACCUAGAUCCAGGGUGGUAAAACUUUCUUUAUGGAGGAGGCUCAAGAACAAAAUGAGAUGUUCAGAAGAUACAGCCAGGUCCAUGCUGCUGAGAUAUAUCCCAGUUAUGAGAUGGCUCCCGCGUUACCCAGCACGCGAGUGGCUCUUGGGAGAUGUUGUUUCUGGACUUAGUGUUGGCAUCGUGCAGCUGCCACAAGGACUGGCGUACGCACUUCUGGCUGGGCUUCCUCCUGUAUUUGGUCUCUACACAUCAUUCUACCCUGUAUUUAUCUAUUUCCUCCUUGGGACCUCUAGACAUAUAUCCGUAGGUACGUUUGCUGUAGUGUGCGUUAUGAUUGGUAGUGUGACAGAAUCCCUGGCGCCCAAUUAUAACUUCAUGUCCUCGGAGAACGCAACAUUCAUUGAUACUGUAGCAAGGGAUAAGCUGAGAGUGGAGCUGGCGACUUCUCUGGCCUUUUUAGUGGGGCUUUUCCAGAUUGCACUGGGUCUCAUACAGUUUGGUUUUGUGGUUACCUACCUGUCUGACCCACUAGUGAGCGGGUACACAACGGCUUCUGCCAUCCACGUUUUGGUGUCUCAGCUAAAAUAUUUAUUUGGAAUAAGAAUGAGCCAGAAAACCCAGCCGUUCUCAUUAAUUCAUACCUUAAUAAAACUGUUCUCCAGAAUCACGCAGACGAACAUUGGCACCAUAGUCACCAGUCUUAUUGCCACUACAAUUCUCUUGGUCGUGAAAUAUUUAAAUGAAAGACUGGCAUCUAAGUUUGUGAUGCCGAUUCCCAUAGAGCUGAUAAUGCUCAUUGUCUCAACUGGCAUUUCAUAUGCAGUUCGGCUGGAUGAUAUGUUUGGUAUUGAAAAUGUUGGUGAUAUUCCAGUGGGCCUGAAAGUUCCGCUGCUCCCCAGAUACAGUCUGUUUGGUGACCUUGUGGGCAAUGCGUUUGCAAUAGCUGUGGUGGGAUACGCCAUAACUAUUUCCUUAGGUAAAGUGUUUGCAUCAAAACAUGGUUACAAAGUGGACAGCAACCAGGAGCUUAUUGCUAUUGGCUUCAGUAAUUUUGUCGGGAGCUUCUUCCAGUGCUUCGCCAUAAGUGCCUCUGUGUCCAGGAGUGUUCUUCAAGAGAGCACGGGAGGGAACAGCCAGGUGGCCAGUGCUGUAGCGUCAUUUGUCAUCUUCAUAAUCAUCCUGAGGGCUGGAGAGUUGUUUCAGGACCUGCCAAAGGCUAUAUUAGCUGCAAUUGUUGUUGUCAACCUCAAGGGAAUGUUCAAGCAGUUUAAAGACAUUGGAGUAUUGUGGAAGACCAAUAAAGUUGACUUGCUGAUUUGGUUGGUUACGUUUAUUGCAACGAUCCUGUUAAACAUGGAUAUUGGACUGGCAGUGUCUGUUGCAUUUUCAUUAUUAACCGUCAUCUUCAGAAUCCAAAUGUCGACCUAUUCAAUCCUGGGUCAGGUUGAUGAAAUAGAUAUUUACAGAGAUGUCACAAAAUACCCACAGGCCAAAGAAAUUCCAGGUAUAAAGAUCUUCCAAUCUUCAACCACGGUAUUCUUCGCCAAUGCUGACAUGUACAUAGAAGCUCUUUAUAAGAAGUGUGGCAUCGAUGUUGACCGUCUCAUUGAGAAGAAGAGGAAAGCCAUUAAAAAAAUCAUCAGAAAACAAGAAAAAGCAAAUAAAAAAGCUAAAAAGGAGACUCAACACGCCAGAGAGGUCACAGGACACGAAAACAUUGGAUUUGAGGAUCUAGAAAUGGGAAAUAUUCAAAAAGAAACCGAAGAGGAGAAACAACAAGGUCUGGUGGGAGGAGAUCUCGUGAUAGUACCAGGACACGCCACAAGCAAGACAAUACAGGGGAAACGCACGCUGCAGGCUCUGGGUCUAGAGAAGCCUAAUUUCCAUUCUCUAAUACUUGAUUUUUCUUCAGUCAAUUUUGUUGAUACCGUCUGUGUCAAAGCCUUAAAAAAAAUUUGCAAGAACUUUGCUGAAAUAGAAGUGGAUGUUUACUUGGUCGGCUGCAACGGUGCCGCGAUUAAUGGACUGAAAAAUGGUAACUUCUUUGAUGACGCUUUCUCUAAAGCCCACGUCUUUGCCGCUGUGCAUGAUGCGGUCACGUACCUGACCAAAAAGUGUAAUGACCAGGUUACCCCAGAUACAAGAUUAUGACCUGUGAUCCCCAGAAGAUCUACAUGAAUCUAGAUGCAUUGAAGACUGUAGAUUUUUUUUGCUCUCAUCGUACGAGUUUUUUCUAUUGCAAAAAGCUAUAAUUAUGUUUAAUAUUCUAUAUUUCGUUAUUUUGAUUGCUGCAGGGUUUAUAUGGAGUUAUAAAUGUUGUUUUACAAACUGAUUUGGGUUUAUAUGGAUUUGUUUUAGUAAUAAAAAAAAGUGAAAAGAA